UUAGUUAAACGCAGCGUUCUGCUCCUUUGUAUAUUUCUCUCACUCACACUCUCUUGCUUUCUGCUUCAAUUCAUCUCUUCGCUUUUUAGUGCGCCAGAAUCACAAUUCGUCAAAAUCAAGUCUUAGAGGUUCAAUAGAAAAAGUGUUUCUGUUUCAAACCCCAUCAUGGAGGUAUUUAAAAGGGCCAUAUUACAGACUGGGCCACCUGAAAGUUUUGCUUUGCAAACUGUUCAAGAAGUAAUAAAGCCUCAGAAACAGACAAAAUUGGCCCAAGAUGAGAAUCAGUCCCUAGAAAACAUUCUACGGCUGCUACUUCAGGAAUUCGUGUCAGCAGCUCUACAGAGUGGGGAGAAAGUAAUGCAAUUCGGGCAAUCAAUCGAUGCUAAUGAAACCACCCAAGGCCACAUUCCUCGCCUUCUUGAUAUAGUGCUAUAUCUGUGUGAGAAGGAACACAUUGAAGGUGGUAUGAUUUUUCAGCUGUUGGAAGACUUGACAGAAAUGUCUACAAUGAAAAACUGCAAGGAUAUUUUUGGCUAUAUAGAGAGUAAACAAGAUAUAUUGGGAAAGCAAGAACUUUUUGCUCGAGGAAAACUUGUGAUGCUGAGAACCUGCAAUCAACUUCUUCGCCGUCUUUCAAAGGCAAACGAUGUGGUCUUUUGCGGAAGAAUUCUCAUGUUUCUGGCCCAUUUCUUUCCAUUAUCAGAGCGAUCCGCUUUAAAUAUCAAGGGAGUUUUUAACACAUCGAAUGAAACAAAGUACGAGAAAAAACCCAUAGAAGGCAUAUGUAUUGAUUUCAAUUUUUAUGAAACAUUUUGGGGCUUACAGGAAUAUUUUUCUAACCCAGCUUCUAUAAUUCAUGCUCCACUAAAGUGGAAAAGAUUCACCUCCAGUUUGUCGGUUGUACUGAAUACAUUUGAAGCACAACCUUUAAGUGAUGAAGAGGGAGAUGCUAAUAAUUUGGAGGAAGAAGCAGUUAACUUUAGUAUAAAAUAUCUCACAAGCAGUAAACUAAUGGGUCUAGAGUUGAAGGAUCCAAGUUUUCGACGCCAUGUUCUUGUGCAAUGUCUCAUAUUGUUCAAUUAUUUGAAGGCCCCUGGAAAAGGUGACAAGGAAUUGCCAUCUGAAAACAUGAAAGAAGAGAUUACAUCAUGUGAAGAACGUGUUAAAAAACUUAUUGAAAUGACUCAUAUAUUAGAACGAGAAAAGAAUUGGGUUUGGUGGAAACGUGAUGGCUGCCUACCAUAUGAAAAACAACCUGCGGAUAAGAAAGCAGUACCGGAUGGGUUGAAGAAGCGUAAGCCUAGAUGGAGAUUGGGUAACAAAGAACUGUCUCAGUUGUGGAAGUGGGCAGAUCAAAAUCCGAAUGCUUUAACUGAUCCUCAGCGUGUUCAAACACCUUCAAUUAUGGAGUACUGGAAACCCUUGGCUGAAGAUAUGGAUCCUUCUGCCGGAAUAGAAGCUGAAUAUCACCACAAGAAUAACCGGGUUUAUUGUUGGAAAGGUCUUCGGCUUUCAGCACGGCAGGACUUGGAGGGAUUUUCUAAGUUUACUGAAUAUGGAGUUGAAGGGGUUGUACCACUAGAACUUUUGCCACCUGAUGUCCGAGCUAAAUAUCAAGCUAAACCAAAUGAAAGAAGUAAACGUGGUAAAAAGGAAGAUGCAAAAAACACUGCUCAUCAAGUUGAGGAAAAUCAGAUUUCUACACCUGCAGCUGAGACGGAUGGUGAAGGCAUUAGAACAGAUACCACAGCAACACCAAUGGAAUUUGAUGCUGUUGCUCUUCCAGGUAAUCAAGGUGGAACCUCAACUUCUGAUGAACUACAGAAGCUGAGCUCAGAUACUGAUAACGGGCUGGAAGCGGGUCAGUUGGAAGCGGAUGCUGAAGUUGAAGCCGGAAUCAUAGAUGAGACUGAUGCUGAUGCUGAUGUUGAUUUAGAUGCAGUUGGCUGAUAGAAAAAUUUCAGAGGAACAUUAGAAUAGUAGAUGCCAGCAUCCAUUUUUUAGUGACAAAGAUAAGCUGCAAGCAACAUUCUUCCCCAAAAUUAGGUCAUGUUAAAGGCAUCUUGUUUUAUUUCAAAUGACAUGAAGGAAAUUAUUUUAAUUUUUUGUAUAACAUCAGUUGGAAGUGGUUUUCUCAAUGUAGAGUGACAAUAUAAACAUUUGUACUUGUAUGGUGAAAAAAUGAAAUGAAAUGAAAUAUACUCAAUUAAUUUUCCCAUCA